AAAUAUCAAUUUCAUAUCUUCUAAGCCGGGAACGCAUAAACCCAUCCAAAACCCGGCAAAAAUGUUGCGGAGCACCACCAUAUUCUUCCCCACCUGUUCAUAUUCACCAUCACAAUCUCUCCGCCCAACCACUAUCUCUCCCUGUCUCCUCUCUCUCCCAUCAUUUUCCUCUCACCACACACAAUCCCAGUGGCAUCCAAAUCAACCAGCCCACAAGAAGAGCCAAUUUCAGCGACUCUGUGGCACUUAUGAGGUCGGUGGAGGCUUCCCAGACGACGGAUUGGGCGUCCAAGACAGGAACAGAACUACCCAAGAGAAAUUGGACCCGGCCCAGAUUGAAGCCCUACUCAAAGGUGGAGAGCAAGUCACUUCUGUCCUCGAAGAAAUGAUCACCCUCUUGGAGGAUAUGAAGAUGGAUGAGGCGUCUGAAGAGGUGGCAGUGGAAAUAGCUGCACAAGGGGUCCUGGGGAAGAGGGUUGAUGAGAUGGAGGCCGGUUUCAUGAUGGCGCUGGACUACAUGAUCCAACUUGCUGACACUGACCGAGACGAGAAGCGCAAGUCUCUAUUGGAGGUGAUUAAGGACACAGUCUUAUCCUACCUUACUAAAAAAUGCCCCCCGCAUGUUCAAGUGAUUGGGCUACUCUGUAGAACUCCUCUGAAAGAAAGUAGACAUGAAUUACUACGCAGAGUGGCUGCUGGUGGUGGUGUAUUUAAAAGUAAAAAUGACGUCAAAGUUCAUGUUCCAGCUGCAAAUCUAAAUGAAAUUGCUAACCAAGCUGAUGAUUUACUGGAGACAAUGGAAACUCGGCCUAUAGUUCCGGAUCGAAAGCUACUUGCAAGACUUGUUUUAAUCAGAGAGGAAGCUCGGAAUAUGAUGGGAGGUGGAAUACUAGAUGAGAGAAAUGAUCGUGGGUUUAAGACUCUUCCUGAAUCAGAGGUGAACUUCUUAACCAAACUGGUAGCUUUGAAACCGGGGAAGACUGUGGAGGAGAUGAUAAAAAGUGUAAUGGAAGGAAAAGACGAAGGUGCAGAAGACUCUGGCAGUGAUAUGGAAGAUACCACCAGUAGAAAGGGUUCGAGUGGAAUUGCAGGAAGGGAAAGUGUUACAGGACGAAAAGCGCUUCCUGUGCGCCCUGGCAUGUUUCUUGAGACUGUAUCCAAGGUCUUAGGUGGUAUAUAUGCUGGAAAUGUCUCUGGCAUCACAGCACAACAUCUAGAGUGGGUUCAUCAAAAGACACUUGAAGUUCUUCAGGAAAUAGCAUUUUAAACGUCUUAGAGUACGUCAUCCUCUGUUUUUGCGCUAAUCAUGAGCAGUUGAAAUGGAUAAUAUUUAGUGAGAGUAGGAACAAUACUUUGCAAUAGAAGUUGCUGGGUUGACCCUGAAGGCCAAAAGAAAAGUUACUAAUCAGAUAUAGAAUGCACAGGGAAGAACCUGCUCAAACUGUUAUAAUGAGUUAGCUGCUGUUAGAAAAUAAACCAUAUUUUGUCGAAUGAAGAAUGUGCUUGAUGUAGUUGAUGAACAGCCUGUGCCAUCCAUUUUGGUACGUUUGUCUCUGCUAGAGCUUGCCUUGACUACCUCCCACUUUAACAGUGGCCAGCAUGCGUAAGUGAAGUGUUUAGGUUCCUUUUUUAGUUGUAAAUGACGUCUUGAAUUCUUUUUGUUUGGUUCUUUAUGAUGUAACAAUUACAGAAAUUUUUUUUUU